UUCAGAUUCGUCUAUAUGAACGAAGCCGAUGUCGUUACCGCCGCCCAAAAAGAUCUCAAGCAGAGAAGAGAAAGAAAGAAGGAAACGGAAGAAUUUGAAGAAUAUGCUGAGAAAGCUAAAACUCUACCUGAAAAUACUGCCAAUGAGAACAAAUUAAUCCUGUAUGGGCUUUACAAGCAAGCAACUGUUGGACCAGUGAAUACCAGCCGGCCUGGCAUGUUUAAUUGGAAGGAUAGAGCCAAGUGGGAUGCUUGGAAGGCUGUUGAAGGGAAGUCGAAGGAGGAUGCCAUGAGUGACUACAUCACCAAGGUGAAGCAAUUGCAGGAAGAGGCUGCUGCUGCUUCCUGAACAGGUUUCUGAUGCUGCUUGAGGAGGUGGCCUCUACCUGCUCUCCUCAGUGGUAUCAGCUAGACUAGUGGUAUCUAGCUAGAAGUUUGAAUCAUGCAAUGGAUCAUAUGUAUUAGCGUAUGUGAAUGCAUUUUCUAUCACCAACCAUGAAUGAUGCUUCCUAAUAUUGCUAUCUAUGUUCUCCAUUAGCACUCAGCUUUUUUGUGAGCUUAGUGAAAAAUUUCUUCCACUUAGUUUCAGAAAUUGAAAUAUCAGCAGAGCUCACUGGUUCUGCUUGGGUUUAGCAUGUUGGUACACUUCCUCCGAGGGAAGCUGAAAUAAGACACAAAUAUGGUUUAUCUUGCCA